AUCAUACAUUUCUUCAUCACAAUUAUAUUACUACUAUAUUAAAACAUUAUGAAGGUUCAUCACUUCACACGUGGAUUCUGGGAACAUGAACCUUCCCUCUCUCUUGGUUGCAAACGUUUACGUCCUCUUGCACCAAAGAUUUCCGAUAACACACCUUCUCUUUCUUUUGAUCUCAAGACUUUCAUUAGACCAGAAACCGACGACAAGAAAGAUCCACCUUCACCACAAAGCCAGGUUGUUGAAACGCAUGUUCCAGGAGGGACGAGGUGGAAUCCGACGCAAGAACAAAUAGGAAUAUUGGAGAUGUUAUACAGAGGUGGAAUGAGAACACCAAAUGCACAACAAAUAGAACAGAUAACUGUUCAACUUAGCAAGUACGGUAAAAUUGAAGGCAAAAAUGUGUUUUAUUGGUUCCAAAACCACAAAGCACGCGAGAGACAAAAGCAAAAACGUAACAGUCUUGGUCUUCCUCACAGUCCUCGUACUCCCACAACCACACUAGUGUCUCCUACCUUUAGUACUAUUACAACUUUGGACACGCCUAAAAGGGGGGAAGGAAUGAAAAGAAAUCAAGAAGAUAGUCCAUUGAAGAAGAGUAGGAGUUGGCCAUUUGAGUACUUAGAAGAGCAAAAUUGGUCAUCAAUAUGCAAACAAGAGGAACAUAAAACUCUAGAGCUUUUCCCACUACACCCUGAAGGGAGAUGAAGGAGUUUAAUAAAUCUAUGAACAUUUAAAUAAAUUUAUUUAUUUUUAGCUUUUUCUUUCUAAAAUAUGCUUUAAAUUUGCUUUAGGAGUAUAAAUUUUCUUCUUUCAUUUACAUUGGGAAAGAAGAAAGACAAAGUUGUCUACUACUACUAUAACUUUGUACUCUUCCAUGUAGUAAUGUUCUUAUUCCAUGACUUUGGAGCCAAA